CGAGUGCAUCAGCCACCCUAUUCAUGCUCCUCUCAACAUGCCAGAACUGCACCUCGAUCCCUCCAUAAUCACCAAACCCCAUCUCAUCCAACAUCUCAUGCAACGCCUUCAGCCGCUCAUAAUGUGCCACUACCUUCCCGAGCCAAUACCCCCAUUUCCAAUCCACAAUCCGACAUGCAACGACAUAUCAUCGACUAAGUAACUAGAGUCUGUUGCGAUCUUGAUGUGCUGGAGCUUGAAAUCCUUUGCGCAUAUUUUCUUGAUGAUCUCUAGAACGGCUGCGAGGGCCACAGUCUCAACAUGCGUACUAGGCUGUAGCACUGUACUCGGCAAGAGACCGUUGGUGUUGUGUAGUGAGUCAGGUCCGAAGUAGAUGCCAUAUGAAGCGCGCGCACUAGUUGUGCCAUUCCCGCGACAUGCACCGUCGAUGUAGACAACGGGACUGAACUCGUCUCAUGUGAUGGGCAUGUUGGGGUUUGCGGCUUUAAAUUGCAGCUGAGAAACGUGUGUAGACUACGAGAUUCGAGCGGGGAAUGCGGAAGGGGCCGGGGUCAUC